GCUAUUUAGUACAGCAAUAGCCGUCUAGGAGUAACCAUCGAAAUAAAAAUUAGUAACUACUGAAAAACGAGCACGCGUAGUCGAAUUGCUAUUUACGCCAUGGGUUGGUCACCGCUGAUGAUAAGGUAUCUGGCAUUCCUCUUCAAUUUUCUUUGUGCGGUCCUGGGCAUCGCCACCAUUGUGGUCAAUGUAAUAGCAAUCGAUCAAAUAGCUCCAAAGGACCAACUCAUCCUGGGAUUGUACAUCGCCGUUGGGUCCAUCGUCUUCUUGCUCUCGUUCUUCGGAUGCUUUGGUGCCAUUAAGGAGAGCAUCUGUGUUACCUGGGCGUACGCCACCUCGAUGCUGGUAAUGCUGAUCGUCUCAAUAGUCAUGCUAUUUGUCUUCCGCAUGCAUUUCGAAGAAGACUCCAUUACCAAACUGAAACAAGCCUUUGCCAAGCAGACAAACACCUUCGACGCAAUGGCCGAGUACCAGAUACAAUACCAAUGCUGUGGCAUAUACAAGUUAAAGGACUAUGGAGACGCCUUCAUAACUGUUCCAAGUAGCUGUUAUGACCAAAAUGAUACGCCCUACAAGGACGGUUGUCUGGCCAAAAUGGAGACCCAGUACGAGGAGCUCCUGAAGGGUCCUAAGAUUGUUGGCUGGAUGCUGAUGGUCAUUGAGAUUGGUGCUUUCACUUUUUCCACAAUCAUGGGAGUGUCCUUAAGGAAUGAACUACGACGCUCUGCGUAUUGAACCAUCGCAUGAUUAAUAUUAAUAAUAAUAGUAGUAGAAGGUCUUGUAUAUAUGUACAUACACAUUUGUCAAUUCACUCUUUUGAU